UCUAAGGCCCGUCCUGCUCGAGAUGGUAAAACGCGGGAAAGAAAAAAAAACAUGGCAAUCAAAGAUCUUUGUAAACAUUGUUCUUGUAACAGUAAGGACAUGCUACAAAAUCUGAACAACUUAACUCCAGAAAUCAAAGCCUUACAGGAAGAAGUCAGACAAUUCGGAGACACCUCUUCUCCCGAAAUCAAAGCCCUCCUUGAAACAUCUAAAACCAUAGAGGCAAAAUGGGAGGCACUUAAAAAAGCUGCUAACCAAAGGGACGAACAACUUGAGGCAAGCACUAAGCACACUCAGAACUUCCAGGCGCAGUUGGACAAGAUGUUGCUAUGGUUACAACUCAACAAAUGAAAACUUGACGGCUUGACUCCUGAUGAUGCUGAACAGACUUCAAUCGCUCGCAAACUGAAAGAUGCAAAGGCGCUUGAAGGGGACAUGCGCAGGCUGGUGUACGAUCACUAGCUGCUGAACCAGGAGCGGCAGUCCCUUAUGGAGACUGUUGACAGUGAUAAGGGGCCUAUCAGGGUCCGUCUGGAGGACAUGAACCAGAAAUGGGAGAAUCUUAAUGAAGGUCUGAGUGAGCGUGUGCAAUGCCUGGAGGAGCUGAGUAGCAGGCUGACAGAGUUUGAGGACUGCAGUGUGAGCCUGCAGCAGUCCCUACAGGACCUUGAGAAGAGGCUGGACUCACAACAAGCUGGGAUCCUCGGCCAAGGACCCCCUCAACAAGGACAAGAUCAAGGCCAUGAAGGCUGAGGCCUCUGCCCUGGACUCUCAGCUGGACUACCUGGAUGGACUCUUGGUCAACAUGGAGGAUGCAGAUGGCACAGUGCCUGCUGGGAAGGUAGAGGCUGCUAAGCAAUGCUAGACCUCUCUGCAGCACCAGAUCGCAGAGCUCCUUCACGACAUGGAGGCGGGAACACAGAUUGUGGAUCAGUUUCAGAAUGCCAUACAGAGGGCCAACAGUGAUGUCUCUGACCUGGAUACCAGUCUAAAGAACUUUGGUCCAAUAGCGCGUGAGGAAACCAUUCUACAGAGGCAGAAACGGGAGACUGAGGUGUUCAUUUCAAAAGUCAAUGACCUUGACAACAUGCUGGAUGACCUUGAGUCUCGGUAUGACUCCAUGAAAGCAGACAGUUAUGUCACACCAUCUGGCGGUCUUAAAGCUCAGCUUGACCAGUUGCGUAACCAGCAGGAGAAGCUGCGUGACAAGAGUGAAGAACGUCUACAAGAGGUGCAGACCAUCUACGGCACACUGGAGGGGGUGACUGACAACCUGCGUAGAAUGAGGACAUGCAUCAACCGAGCCUCAGACGAACUCGAGAUGCAAGAGCCGAUUGGCACUGAUGUCAAUGCCAUCAAACGUCUGCAAGACGAACUCAAGAUGUUGCCUGGUGAUGCUGCUGCUGAUGAUAACAGCCAUAUGCUGCUGCAGUUUGUGCCUGGUGAUGCUGCUGAUGAUGAUGACAUACACCCUGCUGCUGCAGUUGGUGCCUGGAGGUGGUGCUGCUGAUGAUGAUAGUCAAAUGCUGCUGCUGCAGUGGAUGCCUGAUGAUGAAAUGCAGCUGACAAGUUGGAUUGAUUGUACAUGAUCCUGCCUCACCAAGACCAGUAGCUGUGAGCUGAGCCUGAUCAUCUUGUGCACAUUCUCGUGUAGAAAGAGAGCUACCAUGAGAUUGCUGAUUUGGACAUUUUGAGACAAUUCAAUAGGAUUGAAGCUCUCUUUGAUGUCCAUUAUUUGAAAAAAUAUGAGCUUUGUGGGAAU